UCACAUUAGUAAAAAAAAAAAGUUACAAGAUCAGAAAUUUAAUUUGUUCCCAAUUUUGUAAUAUUUAAACAAAAAUAUGUCUAUUCCUUUUAGUGGAGCUUUAAGGCGAUCAAAUGGCAUAAUUUCAGCGAUAAGCAAGGAAUUGAAAAGUGUCAAUUUAAAAGGAGUUAAGAGAAUAACUGUUAUAUUUGAUCCAUUUGCCGAGAAUGUCCGACCUACAAGAGAUUUUUUGUCUCUGUUGUCAACACCUAAAAUAUCUCUAACCAAUCCUAAUUGUGUCAUAAAAACGGAUGUAGUUUGCAAUCGCCAACCUUCUGAAGUGAAGUUCUCUUUGAUAGACUCUGCUCAAGAAAAAGCACAAGUAAAAGAAGUACGUCUUUUAAGCAGUAACUUGAGUACGUUAGAACUCUUACAACUUCUUAACAAGCACGUCUCGGUGUUGGCACCGGUCGAAGAAAUUACUUCAAAGGUAACCACCAAAGCAGAAAAACAGAAAUUAUCGGGUGGUGCUGGUGCUAAAAGAGCGACAAAGAAGAAAUAAAUCGAAAAACUCAUCUAUACUAAAUAAGAGUUGUUAAUAUAGAGUUUAUCCUCCUUUUAAAUACAAGUAAUAAGCAUAAUGGUUAAAAAACACAAGGGUACUUUGGCCGUGAUUGAAAAGCUGUACGAAGAUAUACCAGCUUUUACUGACAUUUUCACCGAAGAAUCGUUUUACAUGUUCGCAUUUUGUUUCGUAUGCGCUACCAUUUUAGUAACAUUUAUCUUAUCGAGAUUUAUUACUUUAAAACCAGUUGAAAUCUAAAAAAUUAUAUGUAUAUAAUAUUAAAAACUUUGCCCACGAUGAGCAUCUCGCUCUAUCGCGGAAUAAAAUCGUUAAUGUGAAAUCUAA